AUGAAGGGCGAGCCCCCCCCCAGCAGCACCCUGAGCGUGGGCCAGGCCCGGAAAAUGGUGGAACAGCUGAAGAUCGAGGCCAGCCUGUGCCGGGUCAAGGUGUCCAAGGCAGCUGCAGAGCUCCUGAGUUACUGCGAGGCUCACGCCUGCGAGGAUCCCCUGCUCACCCCCGUCCCCACCUCCGAAAAUCCUUUCCGCGAGAAAAAAUUCUUCUGCGCCCUCCUCUGAACCUCCCCGACAUUCUGGGGGAGCCCCCCCAACAUUUCGGGCCACUCCCAUAAAAAUUAGGGCCAAUUUCACCCCCAAAAAUGAGGCAGAAAUGAGGGGGGUGGGGUUAAUUUGGGGGCUUUGGGGUCCUCUCGCUGCUGGGAACUCCCCCCCCUAAAUUGGACACCCCCCCAAAAAAAGCCUUGGGGUGGUCCCAGCUCAGAACGGGGGGGGGGGGGGGGGUAGGGGAUUUUGGGGGCUCCCCCACCCCAAAAAGGCUUCAAGGAUGGACUAUGGGAAGGUUCUGGAAUUGGGGGAGGGAGAGAACCCCUCUAAAAUCACCCCCAUAUUCCCCUCCCCCAUCACUGCCCAUCCCCUCCUCAAAACGAGGACCCCCCCAAACUUUAGGACACACUCAAAAAUUCAUCUCUCACGUCCCCCCACCCCAAAUUCUGGGGGUUCCCCUCCCCCAGCACUAACCCCCACCCAAAUUUCGGCUCUAAGGGACCCCGCUGGGGGUUAAAGGGAGGGUUCCCCAAUUUCGGGGUGUCCCCCUCUCCCCAAAUAAACACUUGGCGGCACA